ACUUCCUAGUUAGCUCACCUUAACAGCGACUAAUGUUAUAUAUCAUCCUCGAAAGAAAAGAAAUUCAUUACAAAACUAUUAAAAUCUAUUUUAAGUAAUGUAAAAAAAUCUAUUAUUAAUCGAUUUGCAUUCAUAUUACAAAAUACCGGAAUGAUUGGAUACCAGCUUUUGACUUCCCAGUUCUCAUAUCAUCUGUCAACUAAAAAGAGAUAUAUUAAAAUGUGUAUUGUGAUGAAUGACACCUGCAAUAAUACCCAAUACACACCCAGGUGAGAAUGAUAUAAACAGUAAUAUCACUUGAAUGCGACAAACUGAGGCUUGGCUGCUCACGCUACUGUAGAUAUAGGAUUCGAUACAGAGGCCAGAUAAAAGAAUGAUUAUAUAUACAGAAAACUUGUCAAAAGAAUUAUUAAAUGUUUUGGAGAUUUCAUAACGGAUGAAAGACUGUCAAUGCGAUAAUCAUCAAAUAAGACGUGUAUGAAUAGAGAGAAAGGCACACGUGAAAAGAUGUGAGGGAAUUUUUGACUGAUUGAUUUAUAAAGCUUUCAAUUUCAAAUUUGUUUCAUUUUCAUGACAAACAUGAACGGGCUACCAGGAAUUGAAGUUCUCUUCCGGGAACAUAAACGCCUUGCAAAUAAACUUACAAAAGAUGAAUUAAAGUCACUAAAGACUUACAUCAGCGAUCGUCUAAUACAAGACCACGAAGAACUCUUAUUUGAAUAUAAUGCUCUCAAAUCUUCUCACAACUCUAGUAUACAGGAACUCAAACAGACUAUAGAACAACUAGAAAAAGAACUUGCUUUCAAAAAUGAAAUAAUUCAAAACUAUAAAUCUAGUGACGAAAACUUAGCUAUUGUCUAUAAAAAACGAGGAGAGAAACUGGAAAAGAGACACUCUGUUUUGCUCGAAGAUCAUGAGUCAAAUAAAGGGACGGUUAAGCUGUUUGAGCUUAGAGUUCAAAACUUGCAAAAGGAACUUGAAGAAUAUCAACUGAAAGAAGAACAACAGGCGAAGCUUAUAGAAGAACAGGAGGAAGCAAUAAAACGUCUUCAUGAAGCACAAGACAACGUUAUAAACAGUGACAAACUAGCUAAAGACCUUUUAAAAGUUAAAUUAGCUGUGGAUGAAAAAACUCGCGAGUUUCAAAAGAUUAAGCAACUUAAUGCAGAGCUACUUAGUCAGAUUGAAGCGUACAAAUCAAAAUGUACGGAAAUGCAAACAAACAUGGAGAAAAUCAAAACCGAGUUCAACAAUCAAACAAAAGAGUUUAGAUCAAAAUGUGAACACAUUGCAUCGCUCCAAUACCAUAUAGAUAUGGAAAAACGCACAACUAGUGAACUACAGAAGGAACUGCAAGCUUUACUUGGACCACUUAACAACAUUCAAGGGCAACAAGGUCAACAAGGAGACCAGAACCACAAGGACGUCUCUAUGUACAAAGCUGAAUCAAUGCGAUCUCAAAUUCAGUAUUUAGAAGGACGUGUUAAAUUGGUAGAAGAGAGACUGGCGCUUUAUAGAAUAUCUGUUAGGGAUUCUACAAAAGAAGUAGGCAUCGUUUCGACCGACUGCAAAAGACUCGAGCAGCUUAUAGAACGACUCGUAGUCCAUGAAUCUACCACAAUAGAAAAAACGCUGAUUGAACUGAGGGAAAGUACGGAAACUCGGAGAAGUGUCUUAGAAGAGUCAAUUGAUGAAAUACUUAAACAAGCACCAGCUGUUAUAUCACGUGACGCAAUUGAAAUACGCGCUCAGAUUACAUCACUCAAAAAGCAAGCAGAACAAAGCAGAUUGAAUGAUGUUGUUACACGAUGUUCUAGACUCUUUCCAAGAAUAGAAGCCUGUGAAAAAGCUCAGUUUGCGAUUAACGAUAAGGUUAUAAGCAAACAGUGGAAGGAAAGCACAACUCCACCAAAGUAUAUACCGAAGCCAAGAAGAAGCAUAGAUCAUACAAAUACAACAUUCUCUGGGUUACCAAAGAAACCCCCACCGAUGCCACUGCUACUUCGAUCGAAAACUCAGAAUGGAAAUUCUCCUGUUUGGAAGAGAAAGUAUUCUGCUUCCAUGGACAGCAUUUUGAUAUCUCCAACCUUGAUUGAUCUGUCUGUUAGUCCAAAUUCGUCACCUCGUUCUACAACAGACACGAAGUCAAGGGUGUCAUUCUUCCCACCAGGUCGACCGCUUUCAGCAUUUUCAAAUUCUUCUCUUGGAAAAACUAGCCAAUAAAGUGAACUUGCGUUACUGAUUAACAUAUUGCAUAAUCUUUGAAAUUGAUUUUGUAAUUGAUAUAUUUGUAUGUAUUAUUAUGUUUAUGUGUAUGGUUAUGAUUAAAAUAGUAUAGUAAAAUGAAAAUUAAAUUAGCUUUAACUUUAAA